AGUCGCGGGGACGCUGGCUCGCUCCCUCCCUCCCUCCGACGCUGUGAGUAGAGAAGCUAGGCCCCGAGCCGGGCGGGACUAGGGUGGUGGUUGUGUUCUGCCCUCGCCCGUCGCCAACGCUGGGCUGACUGAAAACCUGGCCCUUUGGGUCGCGCGUCUUCGACCUUCACCGCCAUGCGGACAUGGGGCCGUGGGAGAAACUCUGGGCGGGAUUACGGUGAAAAUUCUUGUUUGGGCGGGCCCAGCGGCUUCUUUCUUCCUGCUCGCCUUCGGCCCCGACCUCGCCCCGCCCCCGCUCCAGCUCCAGCCGGGUCCUCGCUCGGCCCCGCACGCGGCCCGCGGUAGACGGAGGGCCUGGGCACCCACCGUCUCCAUCCCGGCCCCAGCCCAGUCGAGCGUCCACUAGAAGGGCGCUCCCUGUCCGGCCCUAAUCCUCGCUCCUCACGGAGGCUCUUUUGUCACAGCGAAGACUGACAGCCCGCAGUCUUCUGGACUUCUUUUAUGGGGCUCCUGGCGGUGCUAUUCAUUCAGUCAUUGAUUCGUCUUGUAAAUAUCGAGCGCCUGCUCUGUACUCGACCCGGCACUGGGUACCGGAAGAACCAGACAGCUCGGUUUUUGCCACCAUUUAUAAGUCUGUGUCCUUUUCUUGAGUACUGAACCGAGAUACAGUUUUAAAUGUGCUGUGCGGUCUCUGAGCAGCGACUCACCUGUGCAGGUCACUUCACCUGAUUCCCUUUAUGUAAAAAUGAGGGCGAUGGGCUGUGUAAUCUCUAAAGGACCUUCUAACUCUUUAAAAUUAUCACUGUGCCAGUGUUGCUAACACUCAUUCUGUAUGCUUGAUGGCAGUUUUUAAUUUUUAGGGUUAGGACAGCUGAACAUAACAAAUAGAAUUAUACAGAUUUAUUACCAGAAGGACUUCGUGUGCCUCUAAGAAUCUUGGUUCCAGUCUUUGGUCAGGUAGCUCCAGGAAAUCACUUCACCUCUUUGCCUCAGACCCUCCUCUGUGAACUAGGAAUGUUAGCAGUGUCUCCCUAGUCUUAGGGCCGUUGAGCGGAUUACACGAGAUAAGGUCAUCAGGUGUUUAGCACAGUGAAGCAUUUGCUACGUGAUGGCAUUUAUUAUGGUUAAAGGGUUUUACCACCAGAACAGUGGUACAUAGUUUGCUUUAUUUGUUAAAACAAUGUAGAAUAUUGCCUGCUUGUUCCAUCACAGAUGAAAAAAAGAGAUGGUUAUUCAACUUUGUGAGGUAAUUGUGGAUUCCCAUGCAAUUGUAAGAUUAGAGAUUCUGUGUACCCUUUACCCAGUCUUCCCAGUGGUAGCAUCUUGCAAAACUAGUACCAUAUCACAACCAGGUAAUUGACAUUCACACAGUCCAUUGAUCUCAUUCAGAUUCCUCAUUUUGUAUUAGUGUUCUCUGUGUAUAUUUAGUUCUAUAUGGUUAUCAGGUGUGUAGAUUCUUGUAUCCACCACCACAGUCAAGGUACAGCCCAGGUCCAUCACCACAAGGGUCCCUCCAGUUGCCCUUUUAUAACCACAACUUACCUUUGCAGCCCCACCCAAUCUAUUCUCUGUUUCUAAAAUUUUGUUAUAUCAAGAAUGUUACAUAAAUGUAAUUAUUGUAAUUAUACAGUAUGUAACUUUUAUUGACUCUUUUUCAUUCAGCAUAAUCCCUUGAGAUAUAUCCAAACUGUUACAUAUAUCAGUAGUUCCUUCGUUUUUAUUACUGAGUGGUAUUCCAUAAUGUAGAUGUACUACAGUAUUGAUAUGGUUUGGCUGUGUCCCCACCCAAAUCUCAUCUUGAAUUGUAACUCACAAUUCCCAUGUAUUGUGGGAGGAACCAGGUGGGAGGUGAUUGAAUUAUGGAGGCAGGUCCUUCCUGUGCUGUUCUCCAGAUAGUGAAUGAGCCUCACAAGAUGUGAUGGUUUUAAAAACGGGAGGUUUCCCUGCACAAGUUCUUUCUUUGCAUGCUGCCAUCCAUGUAAGAUGUGACUUGCUCCUCCUUGCCUUCCACCAUGAUUGUGAGGCCUCCCCAGCCAUGUGGAACUAUCAAAUGAUGCUGUUUGGAAAAAUUUCCCAGCAGUUGUGUGGCGUAAAGAAACUCCCAUGGUCAUGUGACUCCAGAUACUUCUGGGGCUGGUUGAAUGCAGUGUUUAAUAAGGUGGAUUAUGAUCGCAUCAGGGAUGUUGGCCCUGACAGGGCGGCAUCCGAGUGGUUGCUGCGCUGUGGGGCCAUGGUGCGCUACCAUGGCCAGGAGAGGUGGCAGAAGGACUACAACCACCUUCCAACAGGCCCUCUGGACAAAUACAAGAUUCAGGCGAUCGACGCCACCGACUCUUGUAUCAUGAGCAUUGGAUUUGAUCACAUGGAGGGCCUAGAGCAUGUUGAAAAAAUAAGGCUGUGCAAGUGUCAUUAUAUCGAAGAUGACUGUUUGCUGAGACUUAGUCAACUUGAAAAUUUACAAAAAACCGUAUUGGAAAUGGAAAUAAUAUCCUGUGGGAAUAUCACAGACAAAGGCAUCAUUGCUUUGCGUCAUUUAAGAAACCUCAAAUAUUUGUUGUUAAGUGAUCUUCCUGGAGUAAGAGAAAAAGAAAAUCUUGUCCAAGCCUUUAAGACAGCACUGCCUUCUCUGGAACUAAAAUUACAAUUGAAGUAAAAUAAUGUGUCUUAUUUCAGUAUAAAGGAUCAUUUGAAACUGUUGAUUCCAAACAUCAACUAAUAUUAUAUAGUCAUCAGUAGAAUUAUAAGGAUACCAUAUCAUGACAUUUUAGAAGUGGAGAGUGCAUCAUAUGUAGAAAAUAAAUAUUCAGACGUGACUCAUUAAUGUUACUAAAUUGGAAGUGAGAAUUUAUGAACAUUAAUUCAUUUUAAGAAAAGUGCAGCCGGGCGCGGUGGCUCAUGCCUGUAAUCCUAGCACUUUGGGAGGCCAAAGCAGGCAGAUCACCUGAGGUCAGGAGUUCAAGACCAACCAUGGCCAACAUGGUGAAACCCCAUCUCUACUAAAAAAACAAAAUUAGCUGAAUGUGUGGUGCACGCCUUUAAUCCCGGCUACUCUGGAGGCUGAGGCAGGCGAAUCACUUGACUUGGGAGGUACAGGUUGCAGGGACCCGAGAUUGUGCCACUGCACUCCAGCCUGGGUGACAGAGCGAGACUGUCUCAAAAAAAAGAAAAAUGAAAACUAGGUAACAUUUUAAUUCUAAUAUAUUCAUUUAAUAUGUAAAUCUAUAGAUAUCUCUUGAUGUAGAUAUUUAUUUAGAAUCCUUUAAAGUUAUUUGUACAACAGAUGUUUUUAUUAUAACAGUAAUUUACAUUUAACUUUAAAGUUAGUGAAGCAUACUACCAUAAAUGCACAAUUAUGAAAAAUUAGAAGCUAAAUUACAGAUUCAUUGAUGGAGUCAAUUAUGCAAAGUGGUCAGUGGUUGUUGAAGCAUGCAUUGCUUCAACAGGAUUUGCGUGCAUUUCCCAUGAUCCUGCAUUCUUGUGUUCUUGAUAGCAUACAGACUUUCUCAGAAUCAACAGUUGCUGCUUAAUUUGUCUAUUUUGUAAGCUUAGGCUACUAUUUUAUUAAAACUGGACAUAGAUACUUGGCUGAAUACAAAUAGUUUUGCAGAUUGCAAUAUAAUAAAGGACACAAUAAAAACCA